AUGUCACCCAUAAAAAAAGUCUUUGCUGUCUACGGACCCCCUAUCUUGUCCUUGCAGACCAACUGUGGUCCGCGGACCACAGCAACCCGGCACGCAAUUAUAGGAGGAGACGAAAAAGCGAGAUCUCUCUCUCUCUCUCUCUCACGCGCGCGCACCUUUCUAUCUGAGUCUCCGACAACCAACAUCGUACAGAGAGCCCAUUCUCCCCCGUCGCUCCCCCACCCUGUAACAAUCACGGCUACUAACCGUUCACUACUACGACAACUACAAUCUCUUCGCUGCUGCUGCUGCGCCAGUGUUGCUUCUACCGGGGUUUCCAUUCCGUCGGCCUCCGUCGCCGUAUACGCACGUGUUCUCCCUAAUCUCUCUCUCUCUCUCUCUCUCUCUCUCUCUCUCGACAAUCACAAAUGUAGGAAAGAGAUCCGGGUCGUGUUGAGUCUUCUUUUUCUCUCUUUCUUCUUUCUCCUUUUUCUACUUCUUUCAUUACUCUUUUUGUAUUUACUUUAUUCUUUUCGUCUAUUCUUUCUUUCUUUUCUUUCUUUCUUACUUUCUUUGCGUCUUACUUUCUUUCUUUCUUUACGUCUUUUCUUUCUUUCUUUCUUUACGUCUUUUCUUUCUUUCUUUCUUUACGUCUUUUCUUUCUUUCUUUCUUUACGUCUUUUCUUUCUUUCUUUACGUCUUUUCUUUCUUUCUUUACGUCUUUUCUUUCUUUCUUUACGUCUUUUCUUUUUUCUUUCUUUCUUUACGUCUUUUUUUUUCUUUCUUUUUCUUUUUUACGUCUUUUCUUUCUUUCUUUUCUUUCUUUACGUCUUUUCUUUCUUUCUUUUCUUUUUUACGUCUUUUCUUUCUUUCUUUCUUUCUUUACGUCUUUUCUUUCUUUCUUUCUUUCUUUACGUCUUUUCUUUCUUUCUUUUCUUUCUUUACGUCUUUUCUUUCUUUCUUUUCUUUCUUUACGUCUUUUCUUUCUUUUCUUACCUUCCUUUUCAUUUAAAAAAAAAACAGCUAAAGCAAUAUCUUUAG